UAUGGCGUACCUCGCAUUUUACUACGAUAAUAAUAUAAGUUAUAAAAUAUAAAUAUUAAAACCGUAAUUCCACGGUGUAGUUCUACAUCUACACCACGAAUAAAUAUCUCAAUUCGUGUUCAAAACUAACGAUAAACCCCGAAAUUUGCAAAUCUUAACCCGGUGUCAAAGUGUUCGGUUAGGCCAUUAGGAGAUAUAGAUAAAUAUUAAGUAAAAUUGCAAAAUGGAUGACGAAUGUGACUAUGUGAGUCGUACAAACUGUGGCGUAUUCGAAAAACUGUUAUGCAGCUUUGCCAUGACAGAGGUUAUUUAGUCACGCAGGAUGAAUUGGAUCAAACAUUAGAACAGUUUAAAGAACAAUUUGGAGAUAAACCUAGUGAAAAAAGACCCGGACGGAGUGAUUUAAUAGUCCUUGUGGCACAUAAUGACGAUCCUACAGAUCAAAUGUUUGUUUUCUUUCCCGAAGAACCAAAAAUUGGUAUAAAAACUAUAAAAACAUACUGUCAAAGGAUGCAAGAAGAAACCAUUACUCGAGCUAUUAUUGUUGUUCAACAAGGAAUGACUCCAAGUGCAAAACAAUCUUUAGUUGAUAUGGCUCCUAAAUACAUAUUGGAACAGUUUUUGGAAUCAGAACUUCUAAUUAAUAUAACUGAACAUGAACUAGUGCCUGAACACAUAGUUUUGACACCAGAUGAGAAACAAGAACUAUUGUGCAGAUACAAAUUAAAAGAAAAUCAGCUUAUGAGAAUUCAAGUAGGUGAUCCAGUUUCUCGUUACUUCGGCUUAAAAAGAGGACAAGUAGUAAAAAUUGUAAGAAAUUCUGAAACUGCUGGACGUUAUAUUUCAUACAGAUUGGUAUGCUAAAGCUAAAUACUAAAAGCUACUGUAAUUUGUUCACUUAAAAUAUAAGACAUUUUUAAUA